AUGGUCCGGUUUAUGCCGCGAGUCAGGAGAGGAGGGGAGACGACCUCAGGGGGAGACCGGAGGGACGAAGGUCGAAAAUCGUCGGAGGAGGCGGCGGCCGAGGGAGGCAACGGGGGGGGAGAGCAGGGAAAAGGGGGGAGGACACAUGGGAGGAAAGUGCGGGGUGCGGGUAGAGGACGCGCUCGAGCCGCGUGUAGUGUGGGAGAGAAAGGGAAGGGGUAUGGAUCGAGGCUAGUGAGAGUGCGGGGAGUAGAUACUGGGCGAAAGCCGUCGGGGGGGGGGAGAGGGGAUAUGUAUGCCGAUUCGUCAGACUCGGGGAGAGGAAAGAAAGGCUUGAGUGGGGUUGUGCCUAGUGCUGGCGUGCCGACUCGACCCUCCGGUAGGCGCGUAAGUGAAUGA